CAUUCAAGAUGGCGGCCAAGGAAGCUCUAAAACUCGUAGCUACAGUAAAUGAAGAUUCGGAUGUGGAGGUGGACGAUCAGCUGUUGAGUUCCAGUGAUAAUGAAAGUGAUGGACAAGAAGAAUCAAGGCACAGCAAUGUGAUUAAAAUAAUUAAAAAUCUUGACAAAAAGUCAUCUAAGAGGAAAAGAAAUCAAAGAUCUGAGCCAAACCUCAAAGUAUCUGAAUUUCAUCUAAGCAGUGGUGGAGAUAAUGAAAAAAUUGACAUCAAAGACUUGAUUGGAUCACUACAGAAGGAAGGCCAGUAUGGAAAGCUCAAGAAGAAAUUGGAAAGCAUGGAAAAAAAUGCUGCAACUCUUGAUGUACCAUUACCUCAACUAGAAACAAAUAAAAUCCAAAGAACCAUUGCCUUUGAAGAAACAUCAAAAGAAGUUGGCAAAUGGCAGCCCAUUGUGAAGAAAAAUAGAGAGGCUGAACAUUUGUCAUUCCCACUAAAUCCUUACAAACCUCCUGAGAUUACAACUAAAUCUUUAUCUGUUACAUUCAAGCCAAGAACACCCCUAGAACAGGAGAUUGCUGCUGUAUUGAAUGGAAGUUCUCACUUGAUGGAAAGAAAAAAUAAUGAGCUUACAGAAGAAGAAGAACAAGCACUUCUUGCUAUGGAUCUUGAGGAGGCAAAAGAAAGAAGAAGUGAACUACAGCGACUCAGAGCUCUACAGUCUUACUAUGAAGAAAAAUGCAGAAGAGCCAAAAAGAUCAAAAGCAAAAAAUACCAUAGAAUCAAAAAGAAAUCAGAACAGCGUGCUGCAAGCAAACUUUCCAUUGAAGAACUCCAGUUAAAAGAUCCACAAAAAGCUGCAGAAGAGUUAGAAAAGAUGGAUCGUAUCAGAGCAGAGGAGAGACUUUCUCUAAAACACCGUUCCACUUCCAAAUGGGCAAAGAAUUUACUCAUUAGGGGACACAAGAAUCCAGAGGCUAAGAAAGCAAUACAAGAACAACUUGAAUUGAGUAGAAAACUUACAGAGAAACAGCAAGUACACACAGAAAGUGAUGAUGAUGAUGAUGAUGACACUAAUGCUAUUGACCCAUCAAGUAUGUUUGGGAAUCUAAAGGCAGAUAGUAACAACCCUUGGAGUUUGGAUACUAAUACUCGUCAUGAGAAAACAACUGGUUCUGUACAAGACAAUGAAACGACGGCCGGUUUCAAGCGUAUUCCAGCUAUUAAUGUACAAGAAACGACAGAGAAGGCGAACAAUGAAUCAGAAGAUGACAGUGAAUCUGCAGAAGACAAUACUGAAGAUGAUUUUGAAAUAAAAGUAUCAAACAAACCCAAGAAAGGGAAAAAGAAAUCGAAGAAGAGAAAAACCAAGGACCAAGACUGGAUAGAAAAGGAAACACCGAAGAAAAAAGAAAGUUAUAAAAGUAAAGUGAAUAAGGUUAAAACUAAAGUAAAGGGAAAAAGUAAAGACGAAGAAGAAGAUGAUCUAUUGGAGAUUUUAAUGCCGUCUGACGAGGAAUCAAAUAACGACAACGAGAAGCCGCCCACCUCAGUUGAAACAUUCAACACAUCACAUGCAAAGGGGAAAUCUGUCAUCGUUGAUCCAAAUAAGAUAUUCCAAAUGGAAGAAUACAAUUCCAACAAAGUUCUAACAGAUAACACAGACAACAGCGAUCAUAUCCUAAACAUACAACAGGCUUUUGCUAACGAUGACGUCAUUGAAGAAUUUGUUCGCGAGAAGGAAGAGGCGAUGGAGUCUUCAAAAGGCAAGGACCUCGAUCUGACAUUACCUGGCUGGGGAGACUGGGGAGGACCUGGUGCGAAGGUUACCAGUAAAAAGAAGAAGUUUGUAAAGAAAGCCGAAGAUCCACCGCCUCGUAAAGACAGAAACCUAGCACAUGUUAUCAUCAAUGAAGAAGAUGACAAACGUUUGGCCAAGUUACAGGUGAAGAAUAUACCUCAUCUUUACAUGAGCUCAGAGCAGUUCGAGAAGAGUAUACGUAAUCCUGUUGGUAAAGACUGGAAUACUGGAUCAACAGUCAAGCAACUAAUCAAACCUCGUGUUCAGACCUUGAUGGGAUCGAUUAUAGAACCUAUUAAACCUACCAAGAACCUGAAAAGAUCUAAUGCACAUAGCAGCGUUGACAAGAAAAGAUUAAAAAAGAAAGACGAAGGAUUAACCAUUUAUAAUUGAGAAUUAAUGACUAGUAAUAGGAUUAAAAGGAAAACUGUUUUAUUUGAAUGAAAUAAACUAUAACGACGUAUUCGAAGUUAUUGUACUGAAAAAUGAGAUAUAUAUCAUCAAACCUGAGUAACGGUUUGAAAAUCAA